GCGCACUAUCCCGCUCAUGGUUGUUGCCACGGUCAGUGAGUGCUGCUGACACCGCUGUGACCAAAAAACAAGCGUGUGCUGUCGGGUGCUGAAUCCACGUUGUCCCAAACCGAGAUGAAAACGGAGUUGGUUGCGCAAACACGAAGUCCUACCAGUAAAAAUCUACCAUUGAAAUAUUUUGGAUGUGUUACCUUGGUUUGGUUCAAGAACUGUAACUAUCUUUUUCCACAGCUGUGCUGAUUUACCUGUAUCUCUGCCACGUCGGACACGAGCUAGCUGAAGGGUCAGAGUUGACUGCAUGAGGAGGCAGAGUUAAGGGAACCUGGUCCUGACCUAGACCCCAACCAGUCACACUUCUAGACCAGAGGUCUGUGGUCCUGUCCUCUAGAGAUGAGGUCCAUCCGAUUGUUUGCCAACGACGACCGCCACGUCAUGGCAAAGCACGCCAGCAUCUACCCUUCGCCAGAGGAGCUGGAGGCUGUCCAGAAGCUGGUGUCCACCGUGGAAUGUGCCCUCAAGCAGGUAUCAGACUGGAUGGACAACCUCAACGCCUCCCUAAGCAAGGUCCCGACCCCCACCACCAGCGAUGCCAAGGAUGUUGAAGACUCUACCGGCACCCGCAGCACCACAAAGCCCCAGAAUGCGUCGAUCCUGUGUGGGGUUAUGCGUGUUGGUCUUGUGGCUAAAGGCCUCCUGGUUAAAGGAGACAUGGACUUGGAGCUGGUCCUGAUGUGCAGAGACAAACCCACCAAACUACUGCUGUACACUGUCAGCGCCAACCUGCCAGUACAACUACAGACGCUGACAGAGGACAAGUAUGAGGUGCGGUCGAGUGUGUCAGAGUCAGCCAUCCAGGUGGUCAACACCAACAGCCCCAAAUUCACCCUGAAGAUUACCCUGUCCUCUCUGGCCAUGAGAGACAAACUCACUGCCACAGAACAAGAGGAAGGCGUGGAGGAGCUUGAGGUGCUGGACGGGCGGCGGUGCCAGGCCGCCCUGGCAACACUCAGACACACCAAAUGGUUCCAGGCCAGAGUGACAGAUCUGAAGUCGUGUGUCAUCGUCAUGCGUAUUCUCAGAGACAUGUGCAACAGACUAAUUGUGUGGGAGCCUCUCAAAGGAUGGCCCAUAGAGCUGAUCUGUGAGAAGGCCAUUGGCACCUGUAACCGGCCCCUGGGGCCCGGAGAGGCCCUGCGCAGGGUCAUGGAGUGCAUUGCCUCAGGGAUCCUCCUCCCAGAUGGGCCGGGAGUUCAUGACCCCUGUGAGAGAGAGCCAACAGACACCUUGUCAGUGAUCACUGGCCAACAGGCUGAGGCUAUCACUCAAAACGCACAGCAUGCCCUACGUCUCCUGGCCUUCGGACAGCUGUAUAAGGUUCUGAAUAUGAAUCCUCUCCCACCAACCAAACCCUCACACAGACUCUCAGGGUCAGACAAAAAAGGAACCUGCCGGAAAAGGCAGCAUGAAGAUGGACACACUAACAACAGACAACUCUUCAAGAAGAUGAAACACAACCUGAUGAGAGUUCUGGACAGUGAGAUGAUGGACCCCAACCACCCCAUGAACGCCCUGAUGAGACUGAACCAGGUCCACCCGGGGCUGCAGUACAAGCUGUUGUCCCAGUCUGGCCCGGUCCACACUCCAGUCUUUACCAUGUCUGUGGACGUACAGGGCACUGUCCACGAGGCCUCUGGCUCUUCCAAGAAGACUGCCAAACUCAAAGUAGCACUUAAGGUCCUACAGGCUCUUGGUUACCCAGCUGGCUUCGAAGUGGACCUGGACUCCCUGAGCGCUGAUGAGAGGUCUGACGGCGAGGGACGCAACCACAGAAGUGAGAGAAACGACAGAAUGUCCACCAGCUCCAGAAGCAACUCUGUCACCUCCACAGACACAUGCGAGUCCCGCAUCCCAGGCCCACUCCUCACGCCAGGGGGCAAGAACCCAGUGAUGGAGCUGAACGAGAAACGCAGAGGCCUGAAGUAUGAACUCAUAUCAGAGACUGGUGGCAGCUACGACAAACGCUUCAUCAUAGAGGUGGAAGUUGAUAAACAGAAGUUCAGAGGCUCUGGGCCCAAUAAGAAAGCAGCGAAGGCUAGUGCUGCCCUUGCUGCUCUGAAGAGACUCUUCUCUGACUCAAAAGACCCCCGCAACAAGAAGAGGGGGCCCAGGACACCGGUGAAGAGAACUGUGUCGUCAACCGUGUCUAUCCCAGUCCAUGCCCACAGCAGGCCUAGAACCAGGCCAGUGAUGCACAGAGCACCUUACAUCAGCGCUCCUCCUACCUAUGGGUACCUCCCACCAGGCUAUGGAGCUCCAUAUGGCUAUGGUCCUGCAGCUCCCUUCCCUGCCUAUGGUGGUUUGUACUUUGACAGUGCCUUUUACCAGCCACAGACAAUUGCUACUCCUAUUAUAAUUCACCUGGGUCCUCAGGAUUUCUUCUGAUCUCGCAGCCAGUGGGGGAUGACUUGACAUUUUGAAACUUCCCGUUUCCAGUCUGACCAGGCUUUAUCUACCUUACUAAGGCUGUCCAAAUUCUCCACCCUUUUCACGUAUUGUGCAAGUGCAUACAAGGGUGGAGAAUCAGGACCCAUCUCUCUGUGCAGACAUCAAUCCAAGAAGGAGAAGAAGCACAACAUUGUCAGGGUUGGAACUUUCCAGUAUGUUGCAAUACUUGACUAUCUUUUAUAUCUACUUGAAAUAGUGGAAAUGUGCUGUUUGGGAAUGGACUUUGCAUAACACUGCAAUAUUCAUGUGAUAUAAACUCAGCAAAAAAAGAAA